AUGGUUGCUGAAGGUUUUGUUGCAGGAUUUCAACACGGUGCCAGUGCUUUAAGCGGACACGCUCAGUCGUUUUGGGCCGAGUUGGAUAUGCACUUGAGAGUUUGCCAAGCAGCUGUUAUGAAGACUCACGAUUACGCUCUUUACAUGGAUGCUUGUGAUCUCAAUGGCAACUGUAACUUUCUGGUUCGCAAUGUCUAUACUCCAGCUGCUGAAUGGACCGCCAGGAAGGCCUCUGGACUUUGCUGUAGCAUGGAGUUCCUAGACUCCAAGAUGGAGGAACUCCACACACAGGCAAAACAAGCAAAGAAUCCCUAUGCUGCUGAAGAACUCAUGGAUAAGCUCCAGGCCUUAGCUAUGGUGAGGGAGGAGUUCAUGAAGCUCGUUGGCUCAGAAGUAAAGACCAAGGAUCUCAAGUCGGAUGACCGCAAACAUCUUGCUGGUAGCAAGGUUAAAGUGCAUGCUGAACCUGAGGCUGUUCAUCUGGAAGAGGAGGAAGUCUCUGCCUAA